AUGUCAGCGGCUCUUGUCACCCCGAAGCAACUGAGGGACCGGCUACUGCGCGCCAUCGAUGCUCAGCGCAAUAUCCACAACAUGGCGGCAGUGUUGGAGGUGAUUUCCAGUUUGGAGAAAUACCCUAUCACCAGAGAGGCUCUCGAGGAAACCCGGUUGGGGAAGUUAAUUAACGAGGUGAGGAAGAGGACAAGGGACGAAGACCUCGCCAAGCGAGCCAAGAAGCUCUUGCGUAACUGGCAGAAGUUGAUCGAACCAGCGCAGAACGAGGUGGCCCUGAGAGAAUUCUCCGGAACCCCAGUCUCUGCCAAUGGGGAUUCGCUCUCCCCUCCCUCUCUCAGUUCGGGCUCUGACGUGACGUCCUCCGGGCUGGGGACUGCCGCUCAUCUCCAUAACGCUCACGCGCCUAAACCUGAAACGGCAAGCCACAGGAAACGCAAAGCAGAGAGGCAAGAAGGGUGGCACGCUCCAACCAGCACCUCCAAAAUAUCGACCAAUGAGAAGGAUCGCGCAGAGGUGUCAACCAAUGGGACUGCUGAAAGUCUGGAGAGACGCCCACCGCUCCACCGGGCCUCUGUGGAUUGCCUUCACAAUGAGAAACCCAGCAGGAUCCCAGUCAGCACAGUGAGGCCUCACUCCAGUUCCCCGACACUCCACACCAAACAGGCCAGCACUUCCCCGUCCCUCAGGAAGCCAGUGUUACUACAACAACAACAACAACAACAACGACAGGUAAACAUUGACGUGGCCGCUUCGGGUCGGGGGCAACAGCCGCCCAAGAGCUCUUCAAAUCCCAGAGGAAUGACGCAAGACGUAUUAGCCAAGGGAAAAACACUGCCUAGCACUAAAGUCACUCAUCCAGUCCCUGUGCACAGCCCCAGGUGUCUGGAGAGCACUGGUUUAUUACCUGCCUCCGUACCUUUAAGUUCUGCGACCCAGACCUCUCACACCGAUGGGCUGCGGAAUUCUCAGGCCUCGUUCCAAAGGGAGGGGCAUGCGUACACGGACCCGUCCCACCAGCACAACGAUAGGGUACUGGAAUCCAAACAGGACUCGCAGCAGAAUUCUAGACCCGCCCCUUUGCCCCCUCGUCCUGGGCUGCUGGGUGAGGUGGAGAACGUGGACGGCGAUCUCAAAUCCGUAGAGAGAAAACGCCGAAAGUACAGGUCCAGAGAUUACGGGGUCAACUUAGCCGGGCAGCCUACGGAGGACGUUUCCAAGCCCGUUCGGUUAAAGGACCGAAAGCUAACGUUCGACCCUCUGACGAGACAAAUCAAACCUUUAGCGCAGAAAGAGUCGAACCAGAGGGAGGAGGAACCAGCCGUGACCCUAAAUCAUCGGACGGACCCGCCCGUGAAGCAGAACACGCCCGCCCCUGUGGCGAGUCCCUUCCAGCAGACCAACUGGAAAGAGCUGUCGCGGAACGAGAUCGUCCAGUCGUACCUGAACCUCCAGAACAACGUCCUGUCGUCCUCCGGAACGCACACGCCCGGGGCCCAUUUCUUCAUGACCGAGUUCCUCAAACAUGAGGAUCAUCACGGCGAAGAGUCCAGAGCGACCCACUCGUUGGUUCCGGACCCGCCCGUACUUGACUUGCCGGGCGUCACUAGAGAGGUGACGGCACAGGACCUCCACAGGAUCCACACGGACCGCUGGCCUGGGGUGAAUGGCUGUUACGACACCAGGGAUAACUGGUACGACUGGACCCAGUGCAUCUGUUUGGAUCCCCACGGGGAUGAGAGCAGAUUGAACAUCCUGCCGUAUGUUUGCUUAGACUGA